UUUUGUUUUUAACAACGCCUACCUGGUUUUCUUUCUAAAAAUGCAUAUUAAAGAAUAUCGAAUUGUGUUGCCAAUGAGUGUUGAGGAAUACCAAAUUGGACAGUUGUAUUCUGUUGCUCAGGCUUCCAAGCAGGAAACUGGAGGUGGAGAGGGUGUCGAAGUAUUGGUCAAUCAACAAUUUGACGACAUUCCACUCUUUAAUGGGAAAUACACUUCGGGUCAAUAUACACACAAAAUAUAUCAUUUGGAAUCAAAAGUGCCGUCAAUCGUCAAAGCGAUUUUACCAAAAGGCUCAAUGGCUAUCCACGAACAUGCUUGGAAUGCUUAUCCCUAUUGCAAGACAGAAUUGACCAAUCCGGACUAUAUGAAGGAUAAUUUCUUUGUUCGAAUUGAGACAAUCCAUUUGGAUAAUGAUAGAGGGCAUACCAAAAAUGCACACCAUUUGCCCGAUAAUAUUUUGAGAAAUCGAGAAGUUGUUCACAUUGAUAUUGCCAAUGACAAAGAAUUUCUUUAUUCCUCGGAUAUUGUUGACGAAACAAGCCCUUCAAAGUUUCAUUCUUCCAAAGCAGACCGCGGUCCUCUUCAUGGAGGUUGGCGAAAAAACAUCCAACCGGUUAUGUGUGCAUAUAAAUUGGUUACAAUUUAUUUCAAAUGGUUUGGAUUGCAAAAUAUGGUUGAAAUGUUUGGACACAAGCAAUACCCUCGUCUUUUCUGUAAAUUCCAUCGAGAAGUUUUUUGUUGGAUAGAUGAGUGGUAUGGAUUGACUCUUGUGGAAAUUCGUGAACUUGAAGAGCAAACUAAAAGGGAAUUGGAUGAGGCGCGUAAGUCUGGAAAGCCGAGAGGUAUGACUGCCUAA